GGACAGAGCUCAGAAGAGCGGAUCACAAUAGACGGGCGGGCGGCACAUUCCGGACCCAGCACCCGCAUCAGCAGCCAUGAAAGCGGCUCUAGACAUCAAGCCCACCCUGACCAUCAUCAAGACCGAGAAGCCGGAGUAUGAGUCGUACUCCUGUGCCGAUAUAGAGUGCGCUGAUGUUCCCCUGCUGACACCCAGCAGUAAGGAGAUGAUGUCUCAGGCUCUUCGGGCCACCUUCAGCGGCUUCACCAAGGAGCAGCAACGUCUUGGCAUCCCCAUUGACCCUCGAGAAUGGACAGACGCUCACGUCAGGGACUGGGUGUCGUGGGCGGUGAACGAGUUCUCCUUGAAGGGUUUAGACUUCCAGAAGUUUCGCAUGAGUGGGGCAGCGCUGUGCGCGCAUGGGAAGGAAUGUUUCCUGGAAUUGGCGCCGGAUUUUGUAGGAGACAUAUUAUGGGAGCACCUAGAAAUCUUACAGAAAGAAGACUCAAAACUGUACCAAACGAAUGAGAUGGCCCCAGCGUACCCAGAGUCCAGAUACAGCUCCGACUACUUCAUCGGUUACGGCAUAGAACACCCACAAUGUGUCCCACCAUCCGAAUUCUCAGAGCCCAGCUUCAUCACCGAAUCCUAUCAGACAUUGCACCCUAUCAGCUCAGAAGAACUCUUGUCUCUAAAAUAUGAGACUGAAUACCCCUCUCCACUCCUGCGAGACCCCCUACCGCCUGACUCGCUCCAGGGAGACUAUUAUAAUAUCAAACAGGAGGUUGUUUCUCCAGAUAACAUGUGUGUGGGACGGAUCAGCCGAGGUAAGCUCGGAGGACAGGAGUCAUUUGAAAGCAUUGAGAGCCAUGACAGUUGUGACCGGCUCACCCAGUCCUGGAGCAGUCAGUCUUCCUAUAACGGCCUCCAGCGUGUUCCCUCAUACGACAGCUUUGACUCUGAGGACUACCAACCUGCACUGCCCAAUCACAAACCCAAAGGAACAUUCAAGGACUAUGUGAGAGACCGAGCCGAGCUGAAUAAGGACAAGCCGGUCAUCCCCGCCGCUGCCCUGGCUGGAUACACAGGCAGUGGACCCAUCCAGCUCUGGCAGUUCCUCUUAGAGUUACUAACAGACAAGUCAUGCCAGUCCUUCAUCAGCUGGACGGGGGAUGGCUGGGAGUUUAAACUCUCCGACCCAGAUGAGGUUGCCAGACGUUGGGGCAAAAGGAAAAACAAGCCUAAAAUGAACUACGAGAAGCUGAGUCGCGGUCUGCGAUAUUACUAUGAUAAGAACAUCAUUCACAAGACAGCUGGGAAGCGAUACGUUUACCGCUUUGUAUGUGAUUUGCAAAGCCUCCUUGGGUAUGUUCCGGAAGAGCUUCAUGCAAUGCUAGACGUGAAACCAGACACUGAUGAAUAAGGACACAGGCUGGGGGGGGGGGGGCGAUGGUGACAAUCAAAGACAAAACCCUAGGGACCCAAACUGCACCCUCCACGCCCACAACGGUUUAUAUACAUUGGACGCGGAGGAUUCUGGGAGGCGAUCUUCCAUCGUUUGCGAGAUGGAAAUUGACUGUGAGUCUUGGUUACUGAAGAUCUGUCGGAUGUUGCUCACCUUAAGGCUGAAAUGGAAGAGCGACGUGAUGGCUUCUGUGAGCGAGCGUAUUCAUUCCAGACGUUGUGCCAGUAUUUCUCAUGUUUUGCUAAUGAGACCUUUUCCUUAUUGUCGUCUGCAAGCAGCGGAGAGGCGGUGAACUCCAGCUACCCGUAGGUGGAGGAGUGGCGCUGCCAUAUAAGGAAGGGGUAGAUUUUUAUAUUUCAUGUUUUUCAUGGUUUUUGUUUUCAUGAAGCUGAGUGUUUCACCUUACAGAAAUCUUACUCAGGACACAAUUCAUAACUGUAGCAACCAAACGCAGCUCUUCCUUGCACAAGUCUCGCUCCUCGGUCUCACUAAUUUAUGUCUUCUGCUGAGCCUCUGAGACAAUGGUUGCACCCACAUCCUGUUUGCCAUCUUGCGUAUUCCCAGAUUUGUAUUUUUAUAGAAAAGGAAAAUAUAUGUAUAUAUUUUAUAAAAAAAAAAGAAAAAAAAACUGUAAAAGAGAAUUGUACAGAUUUAAAUUGCUUUGGUUUUUCCAAUGUGCCAAAGAGGGUUAAUAUGUUCUUUAAUGCUCCGCUAUGACAAUCUUUUGUGUGUGGCCCUUGAUAUUGGCACAGUAUAGGACGCUGUCAUUUCUUAAGGGUUCCACCUGUAACUAUUUUACUGUCUGGGCAACAAGGUCUACGAGAGGACCAGGAUCUUGUCCCCUUUAAGCUGUAAAAGUCUAGGGAUCAUUUCAAAGGAGGUGGCCAUUUGUGAUGAACGUGCUGCUGCACCAUUGUGGAGAUGCUGCUGCAAUAUCAUUGUCCUCGCCAUCUACGGAAAAAUGAUACAGAAAUGCAGGGCCGCUCUACCCUAUACAUUCCAUGCGUCCUCUGCAGUAACCCUUUGCAAACUGACAGGCAUUGGGCAUACUUGAGUUUGUAAUUUUUGUAUAUAUAUAUUUUUUUUUUUAUCUAUGAGAAAUAAAGAUGAUUAUUUAAAGCA